AGCUGUCAGUCUGAAACCCCACCCCUCUCACUCAGGAUGUGUGACAGCUUUGGGAUAAUAACCUGGUCUCUGUUCCUUCUCCUCCUUGCGCCUGGCUGGGCAGAGUCACAGCCGUGCUCGUACCCAUGCCAGUGCCCCUCUGAGCCGCUGCAGUGCCCUGUUGGCACCAGCCACGUGUGGGAUGCCUGCGGAUGCUGUAAGGUGUGUGCCCAGCAGCUGGGUGAGCUGUGUUCCCUUCAGGCACCCUGCGAUCACCACAAGGGACUCUACUGCGACUUCUCCAAAAUCCACAGAGACGUCGGGAUCUGCUUAGCCCACGAGGGGGCGACCUGUGACCUGCUGGGAAAGAUCUAUCACAACGGUGAGAGCUUCCAGCCCACCUGCAAGCUGCAAUGCAUCUGCAUGGACGGCGCCAUCGGCUGCAUCCCCCUGUGCUCCGACAACCUGCGGCUCCCCUCUCCGGACUGCCCGAACCCCCGCUGGGUCAAACUCCCAACCCAGUGCUGUGAGGAGUGGAUCUGUCAAGGGGGCAGCCAGGAAACAGCCCUGGCAGUUUACAUGGAGAACCCAGCGCCCAGGCCUGAGCCGAACGACCUCCAGGAGAACUGCCUAGUCCAGACCACCGAAUGGAGUGCCUGCUCCAAGAGCUGUGGGAUGGGCAUCUCCACCCGCGUCACCAAUGACAACCCCCAGUGCCGCCUGGAGAAGGAGAGCCGGCUCUGCAUGGUCCGGCCCUGUGACUUCCCCAGGGAGAAGAUCAUCAAGAAAGGAAAGAAGUGCGUGCGGACCCCAAAGUCCCGCCGGGGAAUCCGCUUUGAGUUCUCGGGCUGCACCAGCGCCCACUCUUACUGGCCCAAGUUCUGCGGUAGCUGCACAGACGGCCGCUGCUGCACACCCCACACCACCACCACUGCAGAGGUGCAGUUCAGGUGCCCGGAGGGGGACUUCUUCCAGCGUAAGAUAAUGUUCAUCAAGACGUGCUCCUGCCACCAUGACUGCCCCAGGGACAACGAUAUCUUCCUGGCUACCUACCGCAGAAGGAUGACUGGUGACCAUGUCAAGAUACAGAGGCAGUAGCCCCUCCUCUCCCUGGUCAGGCCAAUGCGUUGAGUGCUCUCAAGUCCCUGCAGAGCUGGUUCCUUUUGAGGAUGCUGAGGCAGAACGAGGCGACCCUGGAAACAGAGAUGGGCCUGGACUGAAAUCCGGAUCCAAAUUCCCCAGACUUUGAGGCAGUUUGGAUCGGGAUCUAAGCCUUGUGGUCCAGGCCCAUUUCUAGCUGAAAGUGCAGUGGGUGAGCAAUUCCUUAAAGCCCCUGCUGUGCCGGUACCUGGCAGCAAACCCAGGGCAGCAGGCAAAGGAGAGGUCCAAGAAGUCUGAAUGUGCAUCAGUGUGCUAGGCCUGUUUCCCAUUAAACAACACACUAGGGCCCUGGUGCAUAGGCAUCUAUCUUUCUGCAAUGCAUCCCUGUAAAUGAAAGUAGUCCUGGCCCAGUGAUGGGUUAGUGCUGUGGUUGUCAGUUACUCUUGACUUAUUGACACCUGCCAUGUCUUGGUGCUGUUUGACAAAUUCUCUUUCCCUGCUCAGUGCCCCUGUUUGAUACCCUAUGUCCCAGAGCAGUCAGCAGCUCGAGAGCCCUGUGCAUCCACUGCAUGUCUCUGACAUUAGCCAUUUUUCAAAAGCCAGAUGACCCUGCAUGUGCCCUGGGAUCUACUGAGAACAGGAGAGAGAGAGAGUUACAAGGGAAACAAUGAGUUGGCCAGCCAGUUCCAUUGCAAGAGACCUAACGUUGCUGUGUGACUUUCUUUGGAAAAUCCAAACCCAGUAUGAGGCAUCUCCGUAGACGAUGGGGCUGUGGUGGGCUGUCACUAAGUUUCAGUUGUAGAGUCUUUAUUCCUGGUGGUGUGUGAACAGGAAGAACCCAGCUCAGGUCAGAUCCCAGGGAGAGUUUGAGGUGCUGGAAGGAAAAAAAAACAAUCUUUAACUAAACUGAGCAGAUUUGACCUGGAGUUAUUGAGACAACAACAAGAGAAGCUCUGACUGGGGCCCUGUGUGUCAGUCAUGGGAUUCAUCUCUUGCCACAGAACUAUGCUUCAUAAUCUCAGCUUCCAGUAGAGAAAAUUUUUGCUAGUCCUCACAAUUGCAAACAAAAAUCUUACAAUUGUAGCCCAAGUAUAACCAGUGCAGGGGUAACUACCACAGUGUGCAACCAGCCUGAAGCAAUAGCUUUGAGAGGUGUGAACCAUUUGCCUCAGUGGGAUGUUAACUCUGAAGACUAAUAAUGGUCCAAAUAUCAACAUUACUAUUUAAUGCCUGCUCAUUUUAGCAGAAACAUCCAGCUAAUGGGCUGAUCCCACCAUUUCUAAGUGCCCUUUGUCUCCAUUCUUUAAUUCAUCUGAAGCUGGGACAGAAUUUCUACCAGAAUGAUGCAGAAUCAAGGGGCCUUGCUGCAGAACUGAGGUCCAGCCAACUGCAGAGGCUGGGACUGUGCCUAUGCUGCCAUCCAUAGCGGUAUUUCAGAGCAGAGCUUCCUUUCAAAUAACAUUCCAGACAGUUAGUUAAUGCCGCCCUUCGCUUAUAGGCUUCAAAGCAUCAUCUCUGACUUGGCCACUGAAAUGCCCAUGGCAUAAAGCAUCGCCCCUUUUUCCCCAUCCCUGAACAGCUGCAGCAGCAUCGCUCCCAUCACAGCUGCUCCUGGAGCUUUGGCCUCCUGUUGUUUGUGUUGGGAUUCAAACUGUAAGUGGUCUUUGUACCGUUACGGUGUUGCUAUCUGUCAAACAGCCAUACUGUAAACUCCCCAGCCCCCACCUCUUUCGUGCAGUUCUUCUGGGUUGGUGGCUGUUCUUCCUCUUGGCUGCUUGGCUUCAGAGUGUAAAACUAAAUGAUGGUUGCACUUUACCUGAUAACAAUAAAUGUCUCUUUAU